AUGUUCUGUUGCAGGAGCGAAGAAUAUAAAGAGCAAAACCGCAUUAAUAAGGAGAUUGAGAAGCAGUUGAAACGUGACAAAAAGGAUGCACGUCGAGAACUAAAACUUCUCCUCCUAGGUACCGGUGAGUCUGGAAAAAGUACCUUCAUUAAACAAAUGCGGAUUAUCCAUGGUGCUGGUUAUUCGGAUGACGAGAGACGAACUUUCAUUAAAAUUGUCUAUCAAAAUAUCUACAUGGCUAUGUUUACAAUGAUUCGUGCUGUAGAAAGCCUGAAAAUUCCGUAUGAAAACCCAGCAAACAAGUCGUAUGCCGAAGCAAUUCGUGAGAUCGAUUAUGAAACUGUCACCACUAUGGAACCUCAGCAUGUUGUAGCCAUUAAAUCAUUAUGGGAUGAUCCUGGAAUAAAAGAGUGUUAUGAUCGUCGUCGUGAAUACCAGUUGACAGAUUCAGCUAAAUACUAUCUAGACAAUCUUGAUCGAAUCUCCCAACCAGACUAUUUACCGACUCUACAGGAUAUCCUCAGAGUUCGAGUCCCAACUACAGGUAUUGUAGAGUACUUAUUUGAUCUGGAUUCGAUUAUAUUCCGAAUGGUUGAUGUCGGUGGUCAACGCUCUGAGCGUAGAAAAUGGAUCCAUUGUUUUGAAAGUGUUACAUCAAUUAUGUUUCUAGUCGCCUUGUCAGAGUAUGAUCAAGUUUUAGUGGAAUCUGAUAAUGAGAAUCGUAUGGAAGAAAGUAAAGCUCUUUUCAGAACAAUCAUUACUUAUCCAUGGUUUCAAGAAUCAUCUGUUAUAUUGUUUUUGAAUAAGAAAGAUCUGUUGGAAGAGAAAGUUCUUUACUCUCACUUAGUUGAUUAUUUCCCAGAAUAUGAUGGUCCUCAACGUGAUGCUGAAGCUGCACGUGAUUUCAUUUUAAAAAUGUUUGUUGAAUUGAAUCCGGAUCCUGAAAAGAUCAUCUACUCACAUUUCACAUGUGCUACAGAUACAGAGAAUAUCCGAUUUGUAUUCGCUGCUGUAAAGGAUACAAUACUUCAGUUAAAUUUGAAAGAAUAUAAUCUUGUCUAA